ACUUCGAUCUUGGGAUUCGUUUCCUUACAAAGAUUCCCUUAAUCUCAAAACCAAUGCUUUUCUUUUUCUUAAAAAAUUCAAAACCCUUCUCAUUCUCAAACAAUAAACAAAUUCAUCGCCCAACACAGACCCUACAAAUCUACUAUUUUUCUAUCAUGCCAACAUUAUGGUGGAUUUGGAUCUGCCUGGUAAAAGCACAAUUUCUUCAAAAAUCAACAUUUUCGUAAAUCAGAGAGCAACUCAUGUGGCGGCUUGUAGUAUAUGUACCAGGCAAAGGACGAUUAUAACUUUCUGUUGCUCCUGGUCCUUCAUUAGUACUUUGUAGAGAUGGAACCACGGAUAAGAAAUAAUUGAGGAAAUUUCCUUGAUAUUUUUCUCACUGUACCAGAAGUCUAUUUUGGUUGUAUUUAUAUCUUGCAUUGACCCACUUCCAAGAGAGAGAGGGGCAGACAUAUAUCAAAUUAUGAUCAUGGCAUGAGGGUCAUCAUCACUCCUAUCUGAUCUUCUAUUUCUGAGGAAGUAUUUCUCAUCCUUGUUCCUAGGUUGGUUUUCAUGGUAGCUCUAUGUUGGCUUAUUAGGAGAACAAGUCUGAGAUAAACGGAGCUCUCACUCUCCAAACUACCACCGUCGCUGUUCGGAACUACCCUCCACCGACUACCGUCGGAGACACAAAACCCUACUUUGAUCCGUUUUCCACAUACAUAACUAAUUAUUCCACUUCCAUUACGUGUUUUGUGGAUUGUUUUGCGGGAUGAAACAGCUCGACAAACCAAGCACGUUCCUUGCAACGAUAUUCCAACAGCGAGCCAAACCUGAAGCAGUAUAUAAGUAACUGGUGGGAAGGCAAUUGAUGAAUUAAGAAGAAGAACUGUUGCAACUCGACGAGCUUUGGAUAGUUAAUUUGAUUCGAUGGCUCGACAACUGUGUGAAGACAAAUCAUCAUCCGAAUUCUGCUACUCUGAUGUGUCAUCGGGAAAUCCAACGAUGCUGGUGAACCAGAUCCAAGGCUUUGUGUCAGACCCGGAGAUGUACAACCUCAGCACGGGCAUGGAAAUGAUAGGGUUUCCAAAGAGUGACACCAACGCUGUCAUGUGGAGAAGUUUCAUCCCCAAACCGGGUUCUUCCUCUUCCAAAACCAUGAACGAAUCUUCCACCCCUUUCUACCACCGUGACUACAGCAACAAGCCUUCAGAUUUCACACCGGGGAAUAUUUCUGAAACAAGUGCCGAGAAUCUAAUUGUUGGAGCCCACGAUUCGGCCCCGUGGCAAGACGACAACAGCCAUAACAGGUUUGACGAUUCUUCUUUAAGGUGCGUGUUCCCUUGUGAAGCCAACGAAAGGCCCAGUCAAGGUCUUUCACUCUCUCUCAGUUCAACCAACCCUUCCACUAUCGGGUUGCAGUCUUUUGAGCUACGACAAACAAGCCACCAUCCUGAUUUUGUUCCCUCGGGUUCCAGAGAAGGGUUCUUUGGAAAACCAGUGAGUGUUCAGCAGCAACAGAUGUUACAAGAUGGGUAUGCGAGUUCUAAUUCCAAAGCUGCAAGUGUUUACCAACAAGGACAUUUCCUGGUGAAGAACUCCAAGUAUUUGUUGCCUGCACAGGACCUUCUCAACGAGUUUUGUAGCCUAGACGCAAAGAUAAGUGAGGCGGGAAAGCUUAAAUCGUUGAAGAAGCAGUGGGAAGAGGAUAACAUAUGUACUGGUUCCUCGAAGAAGCCUUCUCUGACCUCUCUCGAGUUCGUGGAAUUGCAGAAGAGAAAGACAAAGCUGCUUUCGAUGCUGGAAGAGGUCGAGAGAAGGUACAAGCACUACCGAAAUCAGAUGAAGAGCGUGGUGUCGUCGUUUGAAGCGGUGGCGGGUAAUGGUGCUGCCACGGUGUACUCGGCGUUGGCUCUGAAAGCCAUGUCGAGACAUUUCAAAUGUUUGAAGGAUGGGAUUUUGGGGCAGAUUCAAGCAACAAGAAAAGCCAUGGGAGAGAAAGACCCAGUUGCACCAGGCACAACAAGGGGUGAAACACCUAGGCUCAAAGUCAUUGACCAAGCACUGAGACAACAAAGGGCGUUUCAGCAAAUGAGCAUGAUGGAAACCCACCCUUGGAGACCCCAACGUGGCCUUCCCGAGCGUGCUGUUUCGGUUCUUCGGGCUUGGCUUUUUGAGCAUUUUCUCCAUCCGUACCCAAGCGAUGUCGAUAAGCAUAUUUUAGCACGCCAAACCGGUCUCUCGAGAGGCCAGGUUUCGAAUUGGUUUAUUAAUGCAAGGGUGAGACUAUGGAAGCCAAUGGUGGAGGAAAUGUACUUGGAGGAAGUGAAGGAUCAUGAGAACAACAUAGCUUCCUCAGAUGGUGCUACUGAUCCAGACAAUGAUAUAAACUCAAAUGUUCAAAACCCUCCUCCACCCCAUACAACACGAUCAGAGGAUCAGAAGCCAUCACUGCUUCGAAUAGACUCAGAGUGUGCGUCCUCCAUCAUCAACAACCACACCAUAGACAACAAAAACGACCCAAAGAGCCAAGAACAGUGCUUUGGGUCGGUGGAGCUUGAUUUUUCAUCAUACACACACCAGUCCCCGGGCAUGGUUUCUUUCGGAAGCAAUGAUCAAAGCGGGAACAGCCAGAGCGGGGUGUCUCUCACACUAGGGUUACAGCAGCAUGGAGUCAGCCUAGCGUUCCCGCCACCAUCACAGAGUUCACUGUACUACGCAAACCCAAGGGACCAAAUUGAAGAUUGCCAACCAGUUCAGUACUCUCUUUUGGAUGCUGAAGGACAAAACCUGCCUUACAGAAAUUUAAUGGGAGCACAGCUUCUCCAUGAUUUGGCAGGAUAGAUCAUGGAUUCUUUAUAUCCCCAGUUCAGAUUUAAACGGUUACUAUAAUAUGAAUGAUCAAGCACAAAUCAAGAUUAGUUUUUUUUCUUA